GACUCUCUGGUCAAACCGUGGACAUCCCUUUGCAAGACUACUUGAAUGGGCAGAUGAGAUUGCUAUUGCAGUUCUUACAAAACCCUAACACAGAAAGUGGCUUACGAAACAUUGCAGAAUUUUGGAAGUGGGAGGACCAAGGAAAAAAUUCAAAGACAACAUUUCUGCUGGCCAUAAAAAUGCUGGGACAUUAUUUUAAUGAGAGUACUCACAACUUUUUAAAAUGUGCUGAGAGAACAAGUCUACAACACGACAUAGUGAGUUCUGUUCCAGAUUUAAAAGCAAGCCUCACUUUAAUUGCUCUUGAUCAAAACAUGUAUGCUGCACAAAAGUUCUACACCGUCUUGGACAAGGAGGUCCUUAUGAAAACGUUUACAGCGGCAGAUGCCAUCAUAUCCCUUAUCCAAACAGCUUUCAUUCUAGAUGUUCACUAUCCAAGUGAACUCAAGUUUACAUUUGAGUUUUUAGAAAGAAAUGUGUGCAGGCUUGGAAACCAGCACACUAUGAGAAAAGGAGCCGUGCCUUGCACUUCUGCGAUUGUAUCCAGAUUGGUUAAUUCAAUUGAAAGAUUUAGCACUAAAAUUCAUAGCUUUCUGUGAAGAUAAGAGUGUAAGGAUUUGAAUAUCAAGAACAAAAUGAAAUUUAAUGAAAGAAACUUAUUAAAGAAUUUAAUACACUCACAAGGACAGAAUCAACUACAGCUGUACAUAAAGCAGCAUAUAGCAGAUUAAAUAAAUUUUAUAGAACUGUAUUAAAAUGGAUAUUAAUCAACUUAUGGGUCUAGAU